AUGAGUGCUCCUAGGUGGGCUGAUUUGAUCGAUGAAGAAGAGAAAGUUUCACCUCUUUCAGUUAAUAGCAAAUUAGGUCCAAAAACUUCAAUAUUUGUGCUACUACUCCCCUCCUUGCAUAUCUUCGAGUUAAAUUUCCUCGGGUCAGCUUCAUCUUGUUCGAGUGAAAGGGGAGAAAUUACAGGGGCAGGGACUGAUUUGCAGGUCUUGGAGAAAUCCAAAAUGGACUAUACACGUGCCGAUAUACGCUAUGAUACACUGUUUCUAAGGAAAUUGAUGGUCGUUUUGACAUGGGGAAUACUUUGUCUUAGAACAGCGGAAUAUUUUGGAGGCAAAGGUGACGGAAAAACGUCGAACACAGAGGCAUUUCGAAAAGCUAUAGAUGAAUUGAGCAAAUUUGCAACAGAUGGGGGAGCACAGCUCAUUGUUCCUCCUGGAAAAUGGUUAACAGGGCCAUUCAAUCUAACUAGUAAAUUCACUCUUUAUAUACACCAGGAUGCUGUCAUUCUAGUUUCUCAGGAUGAGGCAGAGUGGGAUUUAAUCCCACCAUUGCCAUCUUAUGGAAUAGGAAGGGAUAAUCCAGGACCAAGGUUUAUCAGUUUCAUUUUUGGAACAAACUUGACUGAUGUAGUCAUUACAGGUGGAAAUGGCACCAUAGAUGGUCAAGGUCAACUGUGGUGGACUAAAUUUCGACAAGGUCAAAUGAAAAACACCCGACCUUACCUGAUUGAGAUCAUGUUUUCUGAUCAUAUUCAGAUUUCCAAUCUUACAUUGAUCAAUUCUCCUUCAUGGAAUGUCCAUCCUGUUUACAGCAGAUAUGUACUCUUUGAUUCUAAUUUUUUUUUUCUUCCGAAUAAAUGCAGUUUUGUGGUAAUUAAGGGAUUAACAAUCCUUGCACCAGUUGAUUCACCAAACACAGAUGGGAUUGACCCAGAUUCUUGUUCCAACACAAGAAUUGAAGAUUGCUUCAUAGUCUCGGGGGAUGAUUGCAUAGCAGUGAAAAGUGGUUGGGAUGAAUAUGGAAUAGCAUUUGGAAAGCCUACAAAGCACCUAAUCAUAAGAAACCUCACCUGCAUAUCACCUGAUAGUGCAGUCAUUGCUCUCGGAAGCGAAAUGUCCGGUGGCAUUCAAGAUGUGAGAGCUGAAAACAUUGCAGCAAUUAGUUCUGAAUCAGGCCUGAGGAUCAAAACUGCUAUAGGAAGAGGGGCGUACGUUAAAGACGUGUUUGUGAGAGGAAUGACAUUGCAGACAAUGAAAUAUACCUUUUGGAUAACAGGCGAUUAUGGGUCUCAUCCUGACGAUCAUUAUGAUCCGAAAGCACUUCCUGUCAUUCAAGGAAUCAAUGUAAAAGACGUUGUAGCUAAGAAUGUGACAAUAGCAGGGAAAUUAGCGGGGAUAGAUGGUGAUACCUUCAACGGAAUUUGCAUAUCGAAUGUGGCCAUUGAGUUGUCAGAACAGGCUAAGCAACUAGAAUGGAACUGCAGUAAUAUAAAAGGUGUUUCUAGCCAAGUCAGUCCUCAGCCGUGUGCUCUGUUGCCUGAUAAGAAUAUUUAUUGUCCUUUUCCCACUGAUACUUUACCUGUUGAUAAGAUUCAGUUCCAGACUUGUGCUGCAGCUACUACUAUGCAUUAAGUAAAAGAUAGUGAAAUACCCAGCUAGUCCCUUGUUAUGCUUUAAUUUUUUGGAACCAUUUUGAUUAUUAAUUAAACAACAUUUGCUCCAGUCCAUGGUUUCCAGUCUUCUAGUAAACUCAAUUUAUGGAUGUUCC